UAGAUCCGGCGCGGGCGGACGCGCCGCGGCAAGGAGCGCGCGGCUCCCACGGGGCCGUCGCCCGGUGCACCGGCCACCGCUCCCGGCUGGUAGCACCUGCGUCGACCGACGCGAACGAGGGAUCCGCUCUCGAUCCUAGAGUCCCGCGGCAGAUACAUUCUCGUCGAACGACGCCCAACGCCAAAUUCCGCUUAAAGUCCCCGUUACCGGGACCCACGGCGGACGUCCAUCGACUCGUCGAAAAAGUGAUCUCGGCCAUCCAAAACGCCAUCCCUUCGAUCCCGUGUCGCCACGAUUUCUGAAAAUCACCGCGACGGAAUCGAACGGUGCGAGCAGAACGCAGCUACCGUCCAUCCGCCUCGACUCGCGUCCGGCCCUCUCGGAGAAAACUCGGCGGACCCUUCGAGUCUCGCGAUAGGAGCCCUCGCCGAUGGCAGCGGAGUCCUCGAGGGAGUCGGCCGCUUCGGAGCACCUGAGCGUCGGAUAAGGGAGGAGGCAGGUGCGGCGGGCACGACUCGCGAGGGAAUCGCGCGGCGAGAGCGGCGGGGUGAAGCUCGCUCGGCGGUCCCCGGAGGAAUGAGCGCCCGCUAGAGGGGGCGCUCUCGGCGUGCCGAGGUCCGUCCUCCCGAAGCGACCACGGGCCAGUGUCGCGUGGAUGUGGCCGCGCGCCCUCGCUCGCGGUCCUGCGGAUCCGUGGGAUACAGCGGUGCUGCUGCCGCCGCCAAGGGGGCCCUCGCUACCAUGGUGUCUACCUCCUUUGUGACCCUGGUCUUCCUCGUGUGUCUGCAAACGGUACUGCUCUCCACCGUCAGCAACUGCAGCAAGACCAUCAGCAUGUACUGGAACACCACCAACUCCAUAUUCCGGAUAGACAACACGGACCACAUAAUAGACGUGAACAAGAACAACGCGGCGUUCGAGUAUGACCAGGUCAACAUAAUAUGUCCGGUCUACCAGCCGGGCACUUACGAUGACGAGGCCGAGAAGUACAUCAUUUACAACGUGUCAAAGGAGGAGUACGAGACGUGUCGAAUAACGAAUCCCAGUCCGCGGGUGAUAGCGGUCUGCGAUAAGCCCUACAAGACGAUGUACUUCACCAUCACCUUCAGGCCGUUUACCCCACAACCGGGUGGCCUGGAGUUCCUUCCAGGGCACGACUACUUCUUCAUCAGCACCUCCUCUAAGGACGACCUGCACAGACGCAUCGGCGGACGAUGCACCACCAACAACAUGAAGGUUGUCUUCAAGGUCUGCUGCGGAAACGCAGCCGACACGUCCUCCUCUGCGACUGCCCGCAAUAACUCCGUGGCGGUGACCAGCAGCAGCGUGCCUAGCAGCAGCUCGACGAGCACGGCGGUCCUCGGUGGAGGACCCAGACUGCUACCGCCGCCGCCACCCAGCGUCCUCAAGGGCGGUGAGCGAUUCUACCCUGGCAGCAACGUCCAUCACCAUGACGAGCACCAUCAGCCAGGAACCGCAACGCCUACUCUUCCCCAUGUGCCUCCGCCAGCGGUCUACCCCGCUCAUCCCCACCAGCCUCAGAUCCCGGUCCACGCCGGAGCCCCGUCUUCGCCGCCCAAGACUUCGGUCACCCAGAAGAAGAAGAACAAGGAAUACUCGGACCACCCGAACGAGGUGGUGAAGAACGAGGAGCUGACCUACAAUGGAGCGAGCACGUCGCGGCGCCAGGACCGGCCCGUGGUGUUCCUGUUGACGGGUGCGCUGCUGGUCAGCACGCUUCUGCCACAGCUACUCCGGUGAAGGAACUGCCGAUCGUCACCCAGCAGCGUCACCCCAUUCUUCUGUGAUUAUCCUAUGUUUAAUUAAUUUCCGAGUGUGCGCCUGAUCGAGGGACGAUCGAUGCCAAUCGGUCGAUCGGUCGGGUAGUCGUCGCCAGCGGCGCCACCGUCGCCGUGGAAGGCGACGAGCGCGCACCUAGCGGGAUCGAGAGAAACGAAACGACGAGGAGCGAAACAAGAGACACGACGCGAGAGCAAAAGCCAUAUUACUAUUAAAUAACUACUACUAGACACUACAUAGUAUAACCCACUAUUAUCACUACUACACGGUAGUCGUAUUGGUUGUCCUUCUUAUUAUUAAACGCUAAUACUAGCUAUUUAUUCGAAAUACGUCGGACGAGAGAAAGAGGGAAAAAGAAAGAGAGAGAGAGACAGCGUGCUAAGUAUCCUCGAGCGAGACCACGGCGCCUCGACUUUGCGAUCUCGCGAUCCAGCGAUUCGGACGCGCGUUAGGCGAAUUAGCGUUAAUUCGUUGUUAAGACCGCGGUCCUCCGAUACUCGGCCCCGCGCACGACUCGCACGGUUCGCUUUAUCGAGGUGUUAGGGAUAGAGGAAGAAUCGAGGGUCGAUGAUUGACGCGGAACGAGAGACCGGGAUCGAGGGCUUCGCGGUGCCGACGAAAAUGUUCUGUGAUUUACAGCGUACGCUGGGCGAGGGGAGGAGCGCCCCCUUAACCGCGACUCCGAAGUAGGACCCGAAGCUGGCGAAGGAUCGCGAAAGGGAGAGCAUCGGAUCCCUGGGGAAAUGCUCGAAAAGAUCCCGGGACUCCUCCGAGCUCUCCUUCGUGCCUGUCCGCGCGACUUCGCUCACUGCGCUCGCCGAGCGCUCGUUGUUGUACAUAAGACUGUCGAAUAGGCGAGUAACCGCGAGCGCAUCCGUUCCGUGGCUCGUGCGCCGAUUUGGACCUCCGUGGAGGGAUACGGUGGAGGUUUAAGGAAACUCCGGGGGAUGUGGAAGAGCAUUCGCCAAGCUGAAUGCUCCCCUCGGGCGCGAGAGUCCGCGCUCAGUCGCGGGACCGCUCAGCUUGCGCGAUCCAGUCGCGACAAGAUAGUUAGCACGCGUGUAAAUAAAUUCCUAAAUGAAUAUGUACAAGUGGCCUCUGGCCGCCAGCGAGAACGAGAGGGAGAGAGUGACGAGACGAGAGAAAGGAGAGCGAAUGCGAGUGACGUGGAUCUUAAAGGACGAAGUAGGGAAAAAUUCUUGUACACGCGACGUGAAAGUACACCCUCGAAGAGAGAACUCGCACCAUUCGACGGUCGUGGACGCGCCGUUGACGUCGAUGAUUUGUUAUUUUCUGCUAUUGUCGACCGAUCAAUUGGGUUGGCAAUUGCAUCGAAUAGCCGAUUAACUAGUUCGAAGACCAGGGGCGAGACGACUGGCCGGGGACGACUUAGAGUCCUCUCCGUGCCAAUCGAAACGCGGUCCAGAUCGAAUCGAAGUCGGCGUAAGUCUCUCUUACCGAAGACGACAUAGGUUAGGAAGAUACGGCGCGGUUCGUGAGCGAAAUCUGUAUCAUAGUUGUACCA